GAUAACGUUCAUACUAGGUAAUGCUCUUAACAAAGGUGGUAGCUGGGCGCAAAAGAAAACGCAGUUCUAUUUAUCAGCAAGUUUCUGUUAUAUACAUAUGAAUGAGAUGCAUGGAUGUAUUUAACACGAUUCAGAUUCGCUUGCUAUGGCACAAAUACAAUAAGACACCACCAUGCUACACAUGAGAACUGGAGGUGUUGAAAAGACUUAAGAAGCAGAUUCCAUUUACAAAGAACUAUCAUCAAAUGCUAUCAAUUCAUGUCAACAACAUUCGAACAUUGAAAAUGAGGCUGAUAUACAUGACAUUCUUGACAGCUGCUCUACUUUUACGAACAGCUGAUUCAGCGGCCGAUGAAACCUUUCUCAAGGUGGUUGACGAUUUCUGGCAGUGGCGCCUGCAAGAGGCCCCGGAGUUCGCCUCCAGCAUAGACGUUCACACGUACGAUAACAGGACGGAGCAGUACACCAUAGCCGUACUAGACGACCGUCAUCGUAAAGCACAACAGCUGAUACGCGACUUGGAUAAGGUCCAGAUUGAUCAGCUACCGAAAACUCAUAGAGUCAGCUUCGAGAUAUUAUACGACACGUUGCUGACUUACACCCUAGGAUAUGAGUGGAAGGAUUAUGGUCCCAUGAAUCCCGUUAAUUUCCUGGAAGGCGUCGUGCCCGAGAUGGACAAUUACAUCCCAUCGAAAAUGACGACGUACCAGGACUUUGAAAACUACGCAACGCGCUUGUAUGGUAUGGGUGACCAGGCUAUGAACUUUGUGCUCAGAAUGCGAAAGGCAAUAUCUUCCAAGACAACGAAUCACUGGGUGUCUAUGGUAAGGGCAAUUCCUGAGCUUGAAACACUAUUAGUCGAUCCACCAGAGGCGAGUCCUUUCUACAAGCCUUUCAACGGAACAUUAGAAAAUACAACAAUCCCAUCAGACCAAAAAGCAAAGCUACGCGGACUCGCUGUGUUGUCUUUACGUUCGUUCGGCGACAAAUACCAGGCCUUAAAGACCUUCAUUGAGACGGAAUACCGCAACGCAACGCGAAAAUCGUACGGCGUCAGUUCCUUUCCCAGAGGUCAGGAGUACUACAAAGCAUGCCUCAAAUGGCAUCUUAGUCUUAAUAUCACGCCGGAGGAGGUAAACGCAAAAGGCCUUCAGGAGGUCAACAGGAUAUAUACAGAAAUGAUGCAGGUAUUAGGUCGACUAGGCUUCAAAGGCAGCGUCAAGGAGUUCUUCGCUUCUAUUCGAAAUGAUUCACGAUUCAUCCUCAAGUCGCCGGAAGCAAUCAUUCAGCGAUUUGAGUCUAUAAUAAACGAUCGUGUUAGACCGAAGCUGUCCAAAUUCUUCAAAAACAUUCCAAACAACCGAGUUGUGGUGAAGCCGAUGCCUUAUGAUGGCCCAGGUGGAACAUAUUCAUUUGGUUCACCUGACGGUACCAGACCUGGAGUGUUUUACGCUAACGUCAGAAGGCCUGAAGACAAUCCAACCUACAACAUGCCCGCCUUAGUGUUGCACGAGGCAGAUCCAGGUCAUCAUCUCCAGGACAUUUAUGCUCAGGCGGCGACCGGUAUACCGAUGUUUCAAAAAGUCAUCGAUUACACGAAAUACUUCACAAUACCCUUACAUUUCCCAUACUACACGUCAUACACAGAGGGUUGGGCUCUUUAUGCUGAAUCACUGGGAGAAAAGGAUCAACUCGAUAUCUACCAAGAUGACUACGAACUGAUGGGACGCUACAGCUUCGAGAUCUUCAGGGCAUGUCGACUUGUGGUGGACACCGGCUUGCAUUACUUCAACUGGACACGUGACUCAGCAAUCGAGUACAUGCUGAACUACACGUCGUUUACGCGUGACUCCAUAGAGAUUGAGAUUGAUCGUUACAUCACGUGGCCAGGACAGGCAACUGCGUACAAGAUCGGAGAGUUGAAAAUAAGGGAAUUACGUGCCCUGGCAGAACAGGAGCUUGGUAAUUGUGUUGUUGAUUUUAAGGGCCCAGUGUUCGACAUACAGGAAUUUCACUUGGUCCUGUUGGACAAUGGUGCUGUUCCCCUGUCAGUUCUUGAAAAGCUUGUAAAAGAAUGGAUACAGGAAGUUAAAUCGAAAGAAACCGUUGAAAAGGUGUCCAGCGACUUCUGGUCAUGGCGGCUGUCGAUCUCCAGGGAAUAUUCCACUACUAUUGGCACCUACAAGUACAACGAUAGGCUUGAUUCGUACACAUAUGAGAAACUCGAUGACAUUAAGGUGAAAGUAGACGACUUUUUAAAACGCUUAUCUUGGGUGAACAGUUCAGCUCUCGAAGGGGAAAAGCUGAUCUCAUUCAAUGUGUUACAGAACAUCCUAGAAAACGUGCGAGAUGGCUAUGAAUGGAAGGACUAUCAGCCUUUGAACCCGAUUAAUUUCCUUGAGCUCUGGUUUACCAGUCUCGACUUGUUUGUCUCAGUACAGCCUUUUGACACUGAAGGAGACUUUGUAAACUAUGUCCGCAGAAUUGAAGGAGGGCCACAACAGCUGGAGGAAAUGAUGAACUUGAGUCGCAGAGCGAUUGCCAAUGGUCACACAAGCCAUAAUGCCUCAGUUUCCCGUGUUCCUCGAAACAUCGACGACAUGAUUAAACCACCAAACGAAUCGGCACUUUAUUCACCAUUUAAAGACUAUGCCGAUGACAUUCUUGGAAACAAUGCAGCGACGAUGGAUAAACGGCUUCAAGAUGCCAUUACUGCAUUCAAUGCUAAACUCCUAAAGGUCAAGGAGUUUUUAAUCAACGAAUAUAUGCCCAAAACGCGCCCCGGUCUCGGGAUAGGUAGCUUACCGCGAGGAAGAGAAAACUACAAAGCCUGCCUGAAGUUCCACACUUCCACAGACAUGACAGCAAAGGAGAUCUAUGACAAAGGUUUGGAAGAGGUGGAACGUAUCGAAAAGCUUAUCAGAAAGAAAAUGGUCAACGUAGGAUUUCCCAAUACCACAAGCAUAUCAGCAAUGUAUACCAACUUGUCAAGUGACCCGAAAUUUCUCUUCAACAAUCCGGCAGAUGCCCUUGCACAUUUCAACGAAAUUAUUUUCGAACGAAUUAAGCAAUUGCUGCCGAAAUACUUCCGCCACCUCCCAGACUUGCCGCUAGAGGUUCGAGCUACUGUGUCCGACGGAGUUGGCGGAGAAUACUGGACAGGAUCUGAAGACGGAUCAAGACCUGGUAUUUUCUAUGUCAACCUUCACAGACCCGAGGACAACCCCUCAUAUGCGAUGGUUUCGCUUUCACUUCACGAGGCUUUGCCUGGCCAUCACAAUGCGGAAAGUUAUGGUCUUCUCGCUGACAUCCCGCCAUUCAUGAAGAACAUGGAGUGGAUUUCAUUCAAUGCACCAUACUUCUUUCAGUUCUUCAAUGCGUUUUCGGAGGGAUGGGCUCUAUACUCGGAAUUUCUCGGAGAAGAAAUGGGCAUUUACCAUGACGAUUACGAAAUGCUUGGUCGUUAUAGCGACGAGAUGUUCCGAGCCGUAAGAUUAGUAAUAGAUACAGGCAUCCACGAAUACAACUGGACGAGUGACCGAGCUAUCGAAUACAUGUUGAAUUAUACUAAUUUGACACCCAACGGAGCGGAAAAAGAGAUUGAUCGCUACUCAACCUGGCCCGGUCAGGCCACCGGCUACAAGAUCGGAGAAAUUAAGUUCAAGGAACUCAGAAAAAAGGCUUCCGACGCUUUAGGAAGCAAGUUCAACCUAGCUGAUUUCCACUACACCGUCCUGCGCUAUGGUUCGAUGCCCCUGUCGGUGCUUGAGUACGUGGUGGAUCAAUGGAUCGUCAACCAGAAAACCGACGGCGGCCAUGGCGGUAUUAACAAACCGGAAAAGAGUCCGUCGAACGAUGGGCCUGUGUUGUCGGCCGAUGUACUCAGUGUUAUAUUGGCCGCCAUAUAUGCAAUUAUUCAACAUUGAAUUCAAAUGAACAAAACAGCAUUUAUGACACCUUUUUUAUAUUUUGGUAGGAUACAAAAGCAGUUACACAUUUGACCAGAAUGAAUACACGAACAUGUACGUAGAGGCGGCCGUAAAACAUUUCAACUGUAAAGCAAUUUUUGAAUACUGAGCAUCUUUUGAGAGACCUCCAUUUUUCGAAAGCAUCGUUUUAAGCAAAAUUCAAUUUCCAUAUAAGAACAAACACGAUAAUUCAUAUUGCGAUAAAUAUAACUGACUUAAAUUGAUAAUACAUGCAGAUGGUACUAUAUUUUGCCAAUUUUUUAAUAUAACAUUUUUAUACCGUUCAAAUAGACCCACAACCACGUUCAAUAAAUAACAAAACAUUCUUACUCAACACAGUAUCAAUAGAAGCUGUUUUUAUUAUUCAAGAAAUACGAUGCAUGAUCAUGUGUUUGUUUGUUUAUAAACCAUCAUUGAUGUACGAUAUAAUAAUUAUAUAGACCGUUCCAGAAUCGAUAAAUUGACCGCCGCCAUAUUGUCAGUCACGUGACUGUCCGCCAUUACACUACUGCCAACUUCUGCGAGUCAGCGAUUCCAAAAGCCAAAGACGUAGCGAAUACCCGCUUCGCCGAUGUCGGAUAAAUAAAUAACUUAAUGAAUAAUUUCAGACGAUUAUCUCAUUUUUUUGUUGUUUAAUUGAUUGUUUGAAGUUGAGAUUAAUUGUUACAAAUAAAAAAAUUAAAAUGCU